UCCUUGCAUUGUGCCAGAGACGAUGUUUCUUUCCUCCAAAGACUGAGCACCUCCAGCUUCCCCGCAAGACGAGCAGCGACAACUGUCUUGGGUUUUCAUCUUCCGGCAUCUAUGAAGGCAAAGACAACUGACGGGAGCUUCUCGUAGAGGAAGAGGGGGCCACCGCUGAGCAGGCGAUGGAUGGAGCCCAUCGAGUCACCCUUUGAAUUGCGCGGCAGGGUUUCAAUGACACAGGGCGAAAUCUCCCAUUGAAAACCGACAAACCCACGAGCCCCCAAAUGGACUUACGAGUUUUCAGCUCCGGCCUGAGCUACCUUUCUCCUGAAUCGCUGGACUUUUUCUAGGUUUCGUAGCCAAGCAAAUUUCAACCGAGUCUGAAGACUUGUCAGGGCGGGGGGUAAAAUUUAAAGACGGGUGGAGGGGGAAUUUCCAGGAUCUCUUGUAUUGAUGAAAAGCCUAAAGAGCUGAACAGACUUCCUUCCCUUCCCCUUUGCCUUCUUCAACUGCUGCUGUGGAUCCGAGUUUGCAAACUGACCUAUCAAUGUCAUUUCAAUGCAUCCAACUUGAAGAGAGUUCUCUCCAGAAACAGGCACGUUGGUGCACGCUGAUACUUUGACAUCGCCUACCAGAGUGGCUCACCUUCAGCAGCAAUACUUUUUCUUUUUAGAGAUAAGUCUGUAUUUAUUAUUUCUUUCUGCUCCUUUCAUCCAGCCAGCCAUCCCCCCCCGCCCCCUCAAAAUGAGCUGGAUCUGGGUAUUUGUGGCUACAUUACUCUGCCAACAGCUGUCUCUUUUUAGAGUGAUGGCAGCAAAAAAAGAAAGGAAGAAAAUUAAAGAACCUAAUCAGUAUACAGAGCCCUUCAAUGCCACCUUGUCCAACAGCGAAGAACUGCACGGGCAAUCUAAGAUCCUAGAAUCUCCGGACCCUCGAAUCACAGAUCCACGGCACACCUGGAUCUCAUUCGUACACCGCCCGGAUGAUGGCAACACCUCCAAAAGGAGAUGCAAAGGGAAAGACAAGAAAUUACGUGGCCUUGUUGGACCCCCAGGACCACCAGGACCCCAGGGACCUCCAGGUGCACCGGGAGCUGAAAUCACCCGGGAAGUCCUGAUGCAGGAGUUUAAGGAGAUAUUAAAAGAAGCCAUCGAACGGCGGGCAUCUCUGGCAGUCUCGGCCCACCCCAGCCAAUUGCCCCCACUGCUGCUGUCCCUGGAGGAGAUCUCGCCGCACAAACGGGUGGAGGAAGCGUUUCACUGCAAGCUGAAAGGGCAGGUCGUCGUGGACAAGAAGACCCUGGUGGAGCUUCAGAACUUCCAGUCGCCUUUGGCCAAAGGAGCCUUCCUUCGGGGAUCGGGAUUAAACCUGGCAACGGGGCGCUUCACAGCACCUGUGUCUGGCAUCUACCAGUUUUCAGCCAAUGUCCACAUUGACCACAGUGAGCUGAAGAGUAAAGUGCAGCUCCGAGCCAGAGACAACGUCCGUGUGCUGAUCUGCAUCGAGUCCCUCUGCCACCGAUACACGUCUUUGGAGGUUAUUGCUGGCCUGGAAAGUAACAGCAAAAUCUUCACAGUCUACGUGCAUGGGUUGCUGCAGCUACAGGCUGGACAAUACACCUCCAUCUUUGUGGAUAACAGUGCAGGAGCUCCUGUCUCCAUUCAGAAUGGAUCCGAUUUCAUGGGGAUGUUCAUGGGUGCAUAACCUGGAUAGGCUGCCCGGGGUUAGGGGAACGAAGAUGAAUGGAGGAGCCUCACAACGUAUAUUGGAGUGAAGAAACCUUUCUUUUGCCCCUCAUCAACUGCUUCUUGUUAGCCAGCCUUUGCAACACAGCAAAGUAAGCAGCCUUUUCCCCUUUGCCGACACUACAACUUGCUUUUCAGAGGUGGCCACUUUUACAUGUUCAGAUCAGUUCUGCCUAAAAUAUCCUUCAGUCAUUAUUAGCAAAGAAAAGUAACUGUUUAUUAUUGAAAUGGUCUGUGCUUCACUCAAAGCUCACUGCACAAUACACCAAGGUCUGGAAGUGCUGCAUUGUAACUGGUUGUCUAACACACUAGCUCUCGUAUCCAGCAUGUCUCUGGUAUAGACGGGUUUGGCUUGAGUUCCUGUGCAAAUUAACUGACAAAGCAGACGUAAAAGAAUGGAUGUAUUCUGUGUGUUUGGGAGGAAGGAACUGGGACUUUGCCAGCAAACUCUACUCAUGUCAUGCCUGAGAGGAGGUGAAAAUCCCAUCCCCUGUUGGAUAACUGAUCUGCGGCCUGUCGACUGCUUUAUCUAAUACCAAGCUCAAGCGACGCUCAGUGUAAUUGCAGGAGCCAGAGGACUGAAGCCACACCAUUCCUUUGUGUUCAAGUAGUUCCUUAAUCUCUUGAUGAAGCUGAAUAUUUUGUGUUGGCUACAGGGUUAUAUUUUUCUACUAGGGUAGGUCAGAAAAGCAACAACAGUUCUAGCCAACUCUCCGCUUCCCUUAUUCUUAUGUUUUAGUAAGAUUAUAUGUACGUAUUUUGGGUCACAUCAUAUAUCCAGUAUUCCCUUGGGCACCCCACAGCAAGUUGUAAACGUCAGACGUGUGGCGCUAGUGCCAAUAGGUCUGGCAAAGUUCGGGGAACAGCGGCACCAGACCGGCAAUGAGAGCGCUGUCAUCUUUUUAUGGUGUGAGCUUGGCAAUGGAAGAGCUGAAAGUAUGAAUAAUAACAUGGGGUGAAAGUCACUUCUGUAUAAAGGAUGUCGCACCUUAUCCCCACGUGAUGGUCUUAAAUGAGGCAAAACUGUCUUGGAUGUCACCCUGAAAACACUGAGCAGGUCCAGACUUCUGCAGAACCAAUAAAAUAGGUGGUUUAGUGGGUGCUACCAGUCCCAAAUUCACCCCAAGAUGUGAAAGUCUGACCCAAGUGGAGGUGUUGGGAACUGUGACUUCAGUGGGGUCAGAAUUUGAAUCAGGAUCUGCAGAUUCAAAUAGUCUUUGAGGUGUAUUGUAUGGAUCCUCAGUGUUAAAUUCAGCCACCGUAGACAGGAUUUGGAUGUUUUGUUAAUGCAACCACAUUAGAAACCCUGCUUUGCAGGAUGAUGCUAAAAAGACACUGGUAAGGCAAAAAAGGAAUUGAGAGUACUUUUAACAUGGGUUUAAACUGAUGAGGAAAAUUCAACAGAUCCAAAAUGCCGGGGGUGUGUGUGUGUGUAUUGUCUUUUUCUAAUCAGCCAUGCUGUCUCUUCGCAAUACAAGCUAAGGGCCCUAGUACACCAUUUUUAUGGGACCUAUGCAAACAUGGUCCUCAGAUGGAUUUAUAGAAAAGGACAAUCAAUAUGCUGGGGUAUUCAGUGUUCGAGACACGCUUGUCUUGAGUCUUGUGAACAAAGAUGUUGAAGUUAAGGCGCUGGGGAGAGCAGAUGGUUUUAAACCAGAAAUUGCUACAUUCAUUUCAGCUUAUUCUAAACACAUGGAGAAAAACAUGAAGAUGGGAGCAAAAUGCUAUUUGCAGUUUGCUAAGAACGUAUUAAAAUAGUAUUGAUUGGGAAAAACUGGCCCUUUUUGUUUUCCUAAACACAAUAAACUUAUUCAGUGUU